CUAUAGACAAGGCGAUCUUAUUAGCAGUUUGGUGAAGUACGUGAAAGAAAGAUCGUGUGGGCGUUUCAACAAAUAAUUGACAACUACAUAAUAGUACCUAGGCCAUAAAAUGCACAAACUAUACAUACUACUGUCAGUUUUUGGCUUAGUCGCUGCGAAUCCAGUGGAUAUCGCGAAAAUCAAUGAAAACCUGUUGAGUCAAGAUGCGGUGGCAAGAAAUAGUGCGCUAGAGAACUUGGUGUUAAACUUACUAGAGGACCUUAGGAAGACUAUGGUGACAGGCUCUGAUGAUAUACCAGUACUAGAUCCCCUGGAGGUGGACCAUUUGCAUCUAGAUGAAGAAACCUUGCCAGCACCCAGUGGCCACGUGACCAUCAAAGAUCUGGUGGUGUCCAGGCUGAGCACCUUCGUGGUGGACACCUUGAACAUCAACACUGCAUCCAUCUUCCCGCUGAGGUAUCGCCUCACCUUCGACAUCCACAUACCUGUGCUGGAAGUCCUUGCUGAUAACUACGAUCUACAAAUCUCAGCAGCGGGUGUUAACAUUUUUGGAAAUGGAGACGCCAAGAUCAAUUUAAUCGAGCCAAGAGUGAAAGGCGAGCUGGUGAUGGGCCCCAGGAUAUCCAUCGGAUCUGGUAUAUACUACAGCAUCACUAGCAGCGAUGUUCAGUUGUCUCUGAAAGGUUUUCAGCCUCAAAUCAAUGGACUACUGAACGACGAAGCGAUGUCAGCUUUCAUUAACAUAUUUUUGAGUCAUUUUGUACCUGAAGCUCUCAUAUUAUAUGAGGCGGACAUCAACAAAUUCUUGAGUGAAACAGUUCAAGAAGUUGGUAACGAGUUACUUUCUGAUUUCAACCUGGCUGGCAUUCUUGGAUAACCACAAUAUUACUUCGAAAGAAAAAAAUACACAUGAAACAAUUAAAUUUUCAAUGUCAUAAAUAUUUUCAAUAAAUACUUCAUCUUUUA